ACGGGGGGACUUUAAGUUUCGUUUCUGCAUCUCAGCUGAGAGUGUCACCAAAGAUCACUGAUCAGCAAGUGAUCUGUAAAUAAUAGAUCUAAGUACAGGAUUUCUCACUGAUCGACCACUCAGUGAUCGAUCAGUCGGUGCAUAAUCGUUUCUUCAUCUUCAUCGGUGUGUACACUGAGGAAGAGAAGGACUGUUUCCUGCAACAUGACUGAAGGCAGCAGCGCUCUGCUCAGGAGGCUGCAGCAGCUGCAGUGUCACUUCACCUGGGAUCUGAAGAAGGACGUAGACCUGAAGAACCUCAGCACCCGACUACAGGACCACAUAAAACUGCAGCUCGGCCAGCGCGGGGCAGUGGCCCGAUCAUACAGCUUCUUGGCUUAUGUCAGGUAUCUUCAGGAUCAACAAGAGGAAGCACUGUCACUUUUAAACCAAUCAGAGGAGACCAUCAGGGAGAGUUACGGUGAUGAGAGUGAGAGGCGGCUCAUUGUGACGUAUGGAGACAUGGCCUGGCUGAAAUAUCAUGCCGGAGACUGUGCACAGUCACAAAGCUACUGUCAGAGAGUCGAGGACAUACUGGUGAAGUAUCCCACUGGUUCCUCAGGAAGUCUCCUUCCAGAGGUGUACGGAGAACAAGCCUGGACCUACUUCCAGGUGUCAAAAUCUUACUACUUAAAAGCCGUUGAUAGUUUUCGUAAAGCACUUGAGAUACAGACUGAUGACAUUGAGUGGAAUGCCGGCUACGCCAUCGCCCUCUUUCGCACAGAAGAGUGGGUUUUAGAAAACUUACAGGAAACUGAGGAGCCUCCAUCCAUCAAACAGCUUCACUCUGCCCUGGAGCUCAACCCCGAUGAUGCUGUUCUGCAGUCGAUGCUGGCCGUGAAGCUUGGAGCCUAUAAGAAAUACGAAGAGGCUGAGAUUCUGCUGAAGAAAGCACUGAAAACUGAUCCUGAUAACCCUCAUGUCAGCCGCUACGUAGGAAAAUACUUACGUAAUCAUCAUCGACUGGAAGAGUGUAUUGAUAUGUUGGAGCGAGCGUUGAAGAGGACCACCCAGUCAUCUUUAAUCCACCACCAGCUGGCGCUGUGCUACAAGAGGAAGAAGAUUGCUGAGCAGAGCCGCAAACACUUCAGCAGCCAGAGAGAGGUGCGGAAGUGGAGGCGUUGUUGUAUUCGUGAAUUUGAAAUGACUGUUAAGAUAAACCCGACCUUUCAUCUUGCGUGGGCUGACCUGGCACUGCUGUAUGCAGAGGAAAUGAAUUUCAGAAGGGCAGAGGAGAUUUUCCAGCAGUGCUUGUUGAAGUUACCAGAGUGUGAUGAAAGCCUUUCUCAGGCUAUCCAUCAGCGCUAUGGUGACUUUCAUUACCAUCACAAAAGAAAUGAAGCUCAAGCCAUCGUUCACUACACCAAGGGUCUUCUGAUUCCUGUGAAGAAAUAUGAGAAGAAAGUCUGUGCCAAGAAACUGAAGCAGAUCGCUGAUAGACGUCUGUCAAGGAAUCCAGGUGAUGGCGAGGCUCUCGCUCUGCUGGGUCAGGUGGCCAGAGCUGAGGGCAACAGGAAGGAAGCUGCUGAGUUUUAUGAGGAAGCUCUGAACUGUGACAAGGACAAUGAAGAGUACCUGUCUGCUCUGUGCGAGCUGCGCCUGGAGCUGCAGUGAUCAUCCCCUGAUUAAUCACCAUCACUGCACUCCUGUUACAUCAUACUUCAGCCUGCUGAAUCUGGACUUGAUCCAUGUGCUUUCAGAACUGCACAACCUUAACAAAUGGGCCCUUCAUACCUUUCUGUUAGGUAUUAAAUUAUAAACAAUGAAGAAGUUUAUGUCCAGGUCUCUGCUCAGGUACACUUUUAUAUAUUAAUUUAAACUGUUACAAAGAAAACCAUUUCUGUUGAUUUUAAUAAAAAUGAAGCCAGCAGGGUUCAAAUUUGAGUAAGUGGGUCAAAUUGAUUCAUUACUUUUACUUGUAGAUUAACACAAAUUCUCAGAUCAGUUUUCAGGUUCACAGAAAUUUUGUUUGAUUAUAUUUUCUGUGUUGGUAACGUGUCUGUAAUGUUUGUUAUAUGCUUGUAACAGCAGGUCAGUGCUAGCAUCACAAGCAGCUGUGGGAUGUGCUGUCAUCAUAAAAAAGAGAUUUCAGGGUCCCGAGAGUCAUUUUGUAUUUUAAAUAAUAUUUUCAUCUUUUACCUUUAACAAAAACAUGGCAUGCAGACUAAUCCUCUAGUCUGCAUGCCAGGAGCAUAUGGCAUGCAGACAGGAGCAGCCUGGGAUCGAACCACCAACCUUCUGGUUAGUAGCUGACCUGCUCUGCCAUCUGAGCUACAGCCACCCCAGUGACUAAAGGUGGUGGCCAGGGUUUGAAACCAUUAAAUGCAAAGAGGGAUAAUUGGACCGCACCACCAUUUCCUGCUGAAAUGUAGAAUGUGUGUUUUCUUUCAUUAAAAACAAAGUAUUUGUAUUUAGUUAAAUAUUGAGUUUGGGGUUUAGUAGUUUUGAUUUUCUUCUUUGGUGUCUAGUUUAUUAAUAAACCAGACUGUACUGUUUGUAUUGUUUGUUUACAAUUGUGUUUUGUUUAGUUAUCCCUCCUGUGUUAUAGUGGUCUGAUCAGCUAUUAUAUAUACCAGGGAUCCCCAACUCCAGGCCUCGAGGGCCGGUGUCCUGCAGGUUUUAGAUCUCACCCUGGGUCAGCACACCUGAAUCAAAUGAUUAGUUCAUUACCAGGCCUCUGGAGAACUUCAAGACAUGUUGAGGAGGUCAUUUAGCCAUUUAAAUCAGCUGUGUUGGAUCACGGACACAUGUAAAACCUGCAGGACACCGGCCUUCGAGGCCUGGAGUUGGGGACCCCUGAUAUAUACCCUUGUGUGUCAGUUCAUGUUUAGAUCAUUUAUGUUUGUUAGGGCAGUCAUUUGGUUUUGGAGUUCAGUUUUGUUUCUUUGACCUCUUUUAUGAGCUCAAAUUUAUUACCUUUGUAAUUUAUUACUUUUGUAAAUAUAAUUUUUGGGUUAAAUAAAUGGCAACCCUAUUUUUCCAAUAAUUCCUGUGACUCCUCCUACAGUUUUGUUAGUUAUUUUUAUUUUUAUUAUUAUUAUGGUUAUUUUCUUCUUUAAUACAACUGCACACUUAUAUAUAUUUUCAUGUAAAGCUGAUGAGCCCGAGCAAACGAAUUUCAUUACAGGUAAAUGUGGCUAUACUGUUUAUCUGUGCAUGACAAUAACAAUGUGAUUGGACAGAAAGUGUAGUCCAACAAAACACAUUAGAGUUUCACUAUCACUAUAGGGUCUGUGUUCUCCACUUGCUGUUGCCUGAAGAAAAAACCAAGAGGGUUUGUUGUGUGUUUGUUUGCACUGACUCAACAGGAUUUCAAUCAGAAGAGACACGUAAAAACUCAAGUUGAAUCAUAUCUGCUUUUUUCACUUCAGUUCAGGUGUUUCCCCUAAUGGAGUGUUAGCCACAAUAAGAAAAAAACAUUUUUGUUCAGUUGAAAGUUUGAGAUUAACCUCAAAAAAUACUGUUCUAAGAAUAAAGUCAAAAACAAGAAAAACUGUCACAGCUGCU